AUGGCAGCCGUUUCUGCAGCUAACAUUCCUCCCAAUGCGACAGUAUAUGUCAAAAAUCUAGACGAGCGAAUCAAGGUCGAACAGUUGAAAGUCUCCUUGGAGGAGAUCUUCUCUGAAUAUGGCAACAUUCUAGAGGUCGUCGCAAAGACCAACCUCAAGGCCAAGGGCCAGGCUUUCAUCGUCUUUGACAACGUCGACUCCGCUACCCGUGCUAUCGAGGACAUCAAUGGCUUCGAUCUCUUUGAUAAGCCUAUGGUGCUAGCUUAUGCGAAAACACAGAGUGAUGCGACAGUCCAGCGGGAGGGCGGCAGCGAGGAGCUGGAGGCUCACAAGCGGAGACGCUUAGCUGAGAAAGAGCGGAAGCAAGCCCACGAGGCCCUCGAGGCACAGAAGAAACUCAAGCGUCCUGCCGCCGCCGUCGAAGCCGCACGCCCAGCCAAGACUAUCAAAGGUGCAGGUCUCAAGCCCAGCGCUGGUGCUGCGACCGCCGUCAUUCCGGACGAGUACCUGCCGCCCAACAAAAUCCUGUUUUUGCGGGAGCUGCCCGACGACGCAACCGAGGAGAGUCUAUCUGCUGUCUUUGGCCGGUUCGAGGGAUUCCAGGAGGUCAGAUUGGUUCCUGGUCGCAAGGGAAUUGCAUUCGUCGAGUACGAGGCCGAGGUUGGAGCAAUCAGUGCGAAGGAGGCUACGUCGGGCAUGCCCAUGGGCGAGCAGGGCAAGGCGAUUCGCGUUACCUACCAGCGACAGUAG